UUCAAUAGACAAUCGACCUCUGUUACUAAAUGGAGCCGAAUAACCCCCAAGAAUCUUGCCAAGAAAAUCAAACGUCGAUGCAAGAGCAGCCCAGUUUCAUGUCUAAGCCUAGUUUAUCUACGAUAACUCGUAAGCUAACGCGAUUUUUGUCGACAGAUCAACAACUUGCGCAAGAUAAAAAGGCUCGUCUCAUUGCCAAGCGAGGGAGAGUAAACAUCUUGGUUUCCAAUGUUCAGCGACGAAACCUUCUCUAUCUCUCCGACCUAUUUACUACUUUAAUUGACUGUAAAUGGUACUGGAUAUUUUUGGUUUUCUCUGCCAGUUUUCUUUCGAGUUGGCUAAUUUUUGGCUCGCUCUGGUGGUUCAUAACGUGGCUUCGAGAUGGCCAGGAACACGGCAGCAUCACCUGCGUGGAAAAUGUCAACUCUUGGACUUCAGCGUUUUUGUUUUCCAUCGAAACACAAACUACUAUCGGUUAUGGAGGAAGACAGAUAACCACAGAUUGUCCAGAAGGCAUUCUAUGCCUUUUGAUCCAGUCUCUCACCGGUCUCAGCCUCUCAGCUUCUCUAGUCGGGCUCAUAUUUGCCAAGAUAUCCCGACCACGCCCUCGUUCGCAGACCGUGGUGUUCUCAAAACACGCGGUGAUCGCCUUGAGAAACAACGCCAUGACUCUUUCAUUCCGAGUGGGUGACAUCCGUAAGAGCCAACUUCUGGAAGUGACGGUGAAGCUCCACCUUUUUCGGUACCAGAAUAAGCGAGACAACGAGAAAGUACUCCUUGAUCAGAUCGAGCUUCCUCUGAAGAUCAGUCCAGGAAGUGAGCCAGAUUACGAAGUGCGACCAUUCUUCUUAACUCCUUUAACAGUCAGUCACGUCAUUGAUGAAAAAAGCCCCUUCUACGAGUUAAGCGCUAAGGAUGUACGUGAUGCGGACCUGGAAUUAGUGGCAGUCUUAGAAGGCGUCGUGGAGGCAACAGGAAUGGUGACACAAGCAAGGACGUCUUACCUUCCUCACGAGAUACUCUGGGGACACGAGUUCUGUCCGUUGUCAAUCCAUACGGGCCUAGCCAAUAAUCGAGUGCAUUUGGACUUUUCCUGCUUCGAUAAAACGUAUCCAGUGAUUGGAAAUCCUAAAUGCUCGGCAAAAGAAUCUCAAGAAAAGAACGAAUCUCUUUACAUGGCCUCGAACGGACUUGAUACAUUCGUGCCUGGUAAGGAACGAGCUAGCUAAUGAUGUACUGCCAGUUAAAUGAUAGAGUGAGUAAUGCAGAGGCGGUACGUUGACCUCAGGCUUUCCUAUGUUUUAUAUUCAAGACUGAAAUGUUUUCUAACUCCUUUAUUCUACAUUAUGUAUAUUCCUAUAGUGGACGUAUUGACUAGUAAACAGGCAGAUAGAUAACCCAUACACGGCAGACAGACAGUCGGUGGACGGCAGACAGACAGUCGGUGGACGGCAGACAGAAAUACAGACAGACAGUCGAUAUAAAGGUAUCCAGACAUUCGGUAGACGGCAGACAGACUGUCGAUUGAAGGCAGGCAGACAGACGGUCGGUAGACGAACGUGGGUCACGCAAAAUGAAAUUAAGUGGUCGAACUUCAGGAGUAAGUCCGACAAAUUGGUUGGUGAAAAUGAAAAUGAAAAGAAUAGGAAAGAAGAGAAUGUCACGACAAACCUAUCGCUUAGCAACCGGUUAGUUUAGUAGAAUUUUCAACCUUUUUUAUACUAGACAACCUACAAAUCACGUGUAAAAGAUAAGCCUGUAAGUAUUCACCCUUCAGGCGUUUCAAGAGAAUUUUCUUGGGGUACAACCACGACUCAAAAUCCCUUGAGAUGCUAAAUAACAAUGAAACAGCAGCCAUGAAGUAAACCAGUGCAGAUAAUGGGUAAUGGAAAGGGAUAGCUGAGUGAGGGAGUGAGUGAAAAUGAAG